AUGUCGUAUCUCCAGUAUUCAACUUUUCUUGACAAUGAAAUUGAAAAGUUUCGGAAUUUUGAGAUUCCGGAAUUCGAGGAAUUGAACCCAGACGUCGUCUCAUCGCUACGAAAGACACUGGCAAAGGAAUUGGCACAACGACAACAAAAUGCGUUUAGAAUGGUCAAUCGGGAUGAGCUGCUUCUGGCAGUGCAAGAGCAAGAGAAAGAGACUCUUCGACAAGAUCUAUAUCGGGUCAUGGCAAAUGUGGGUGACCUUCCCAAAGACAGGAUUGGCGCGGAUUUAGUCGAUCUACAAGAAGCUAGAGACGGUAAAUUCGUUUCUUUACAACAACUGAUGAAGGACAUUGAUAAUUUGCCCCAUAUCUCGGCAUUGAACUCUGAAGAUUUGGACGCACAGCCCUUGCUGCACGAAUACAACGAACUACGCGAGGGACUCAAAAAAAAGUCCAUUGCUAUUCGUGAAGGUUCACGCCUAGUUCCAAAACUCAAGGCCCAAUUCGAUCGUUUUGAGAGCUUAGAAAAUGCCAUUCGACGUGAUGACGGUAGUGAGCCUGCUGAAUACUUUGCUACCUUCAAACACAACGUUAUUGUGCAGGCACAAAAAACGGCCACCUUGGUGGAGAAAGUCUUGAAGAAAGAUGGCAAAUUGCCCGAGGAGUACCUAAGAGAGUUGGAAAAUCUGAUUUCCGCUUUAAAAACACUGAACUAG